GCCGUAAAGCAAGCCCCAUAAUGCCCAUGAUUGACGUGACCUCACACAUACGUGUCUUCUUUCCAUUGGUUUAUUUUCCCUCCUCAGGAUUCACAGUCUUAACUGCACUUAAAACCAAGAAAACACCGGUUACUCUAAUCAUCUCUCAAUAGGAAAUUUGUGUUUCUUUCCUUCCCUCUAAAACCCAAAUUUUCAAUGAAAAUUCCAUUUUGGAGAUUGUAGAAUUGUGAUCUUCUAAUUUUGAUUGAGUAAAUUAGUAAAAAGAAGUAUGGUUGAAGGAGUGGAGAGCAGUGACGAUGUACUUCCAAGACAUACGAAAGUGGUUGUGACUGGUAAUAAUAGGACUAAGUCUAUAUUUGUCGGUCGUCAAGGUGUUGUCAAGCAAGCUGUUGGACUUGGUGGAUGGCAUUGGCUCGUUCUUACAAAUGGAAUAGAGGUGAAACUACAGAGGAAUGCAUUAAGUGUGAUUGAAGCUCCUACUGGUAAUGAGGAUGGUGGUGACCUUGAAUUUGAAACUGUACAGUGGAAUGCAUCUGAUGAUACUCAAAAGUUUCAUAGAUCAAGGAAUCACAUGCAUAAAUCAUCUGGAUAUUCUCACAAGACCUUGAUCCGCUCCUUCUCGUGUAACUCACAGUUGAAGGGAUCUAUUUCUACCCCUCAGGGAACCAUGAACGUUGACCUUAGCAAACUUGAGAUGGCUGCACUAUGGAGAUAUUGGCAACACUUUAACCUUAUGGAUGCCAUACCUAACCCCUCUAAAGAGCAACUAAUUGAUGUUGUCAAGAGGCAUUUCACAUCACAGCAAUUGGACGAGUUGCAGGUUAUUGUGGGUUUUGUGCAGGCCGCCAAAAGAUUGAAGACACUCCGCAAAUGACUCAACUGACCCAUCGUAUAUGCCCUUAACGCUAACAAAUAGCGGUACCUUUGCUUUGUGUCCGCUAUCCAUGGCAGUAAUAUCUGCAGUAUAUAUUAUUAUGCUUCUACCGUCUAUCCCUUCUUGCUUUUGUGAGUUGGUGAGAUCUUAUCUUACAUUUGUAGAGGCUUUAUCUUAAUUUUAGUUGUAGCUUUCUGUAAAUAAAUGAACUUCUGGACUAACCAUGGUUGAAUGUGUUUCCCACGAAUGGAGGAAGUACUAGUACUUAUCACAUGUAUAGACUGAUGACUCAACUGUAAAUCAUCAUUCAACGUUUGAUCGUGGUGUAUGUAGCUUCUUCUAAUGUAA